AUGAAGCUACUUUCCUCCACUUACACAGGCCCAAUCCUGGCCGCUCUGGUGCAGUCCAGAACAGCGUCGGCGGCAUUCGACACCUCCAAUAGCACCAUGCUGCUGCUGAGCAAUGAUUCGACAAUGAACUAUGACUUGCUGGGUCCCCUGGGCACUUCCACCACCGGAGGAGGCGAUGUUGGGCCGAUUCUUGGCGCGGCCAAGGCGAUUGAAGCCGGAAACAUGACGUCCUUUUUCGAAGUCUUCAACAAGCUUGCCUUCGAUACCAAGGCUGCCGCCGAAGAUGCAGACAAUGCCGCUGAUCCCGUCAAUGUCCGGGACACGUGGUUCUCCACGGCGGCGUAUUUCCGCAGGGCCGACGUCUACCUCCACGGCAACUGGAGCGAUCCGCUCAUCAACAGCGUGUGGGACGAGCAGAUGGCGGCCUUUGACAAGGGAAUCGCCGCUUUGCCUAUUCCUGGAAAGCGCAUCCGCAUUCCCGCCACCGAGGGCAACUUUACCGUUGAGGCUAUCUGGUACUCUGCCUCGGACAGCAAGGACAGCAAGCUGCCGACAAUGAUCAUCGGCAACGGCUUCGACGCCGCGCAGGAGGACUCGUACCACAACUUUGUCGCUCCCGCCCUGGCCAGGGGAUGGAACUGCAUCACAUACGAGGGACCCGGCCAGCCGACCGUGCGCCGCAACCAGGACCUGGGCUUCAUCCCCGACUGGGAAAAGGUCGCCAUCCCCGUCGUGGACUAUGUUCUCUCGGAGAAGAAGCACGUCGUCGACGAGAACCGCCUCGUUCUGGUCGGCAACUCACUGGGUGGCUACCUGGCCGCGCGCGUCGCGGCCUUUGAGCCCCGCCUGUCGGCCGUUGUCCUCAUCGACGGCGUCUGGGACAACUACGAGGCGUACAAGAGGGAGCUGAAGCCCGAGAUGCUCGCCAUCUACGAGACGGGCAACUACUCGCAGUUUGAUGACGCGCUGCUCUCCGCGCGCGCGGCCGGCAAGCUCCCCACCGGCGCCGCUUGGGGCAUUGACCACAGUCUGUGGGCGUGCCACACGCGCUCGCCGUCAGACUUUUUCAACCAGAUCAAGCAGUACAAUGUCACGACAUUUAUCGAUAAGAUCAAGGUGCCCGUUUUUGUUGGGGAUGCCGCGCUGGAGAGCAGCUAUGUUGGACAGCCGAAGAUGGUGGCGGACGCUCUGGGCGACUGGGCUACUCUGCAUACUUUCGAGGGCGCUGCUGGCUUUCAUUGCCAGACCGGUGCUGGACAGGAGCUUUCCAGGGCGAUUCAUGCUUGGCUGAACAAGACCUUGGGGAAGAUGGGUAAGGGUGGCUGCAAGUAG